AGAUUUUUGAAAGCAAGUAUGUUGUUUGAGUUCGUAGUCCUUCCAGAGUGUGUAGUAAUUGAAGUUUGUCAGACAUAUCGCUGUGGUGGAAGUUGUCUGCUGUGUUUUACAACUACGUGUAAACACUUUAAAUUCGGCCCGAAAAGGUGUUGUUACAAAAAUAAUUGUCUUAAAGGAAACAGAGACAGAAGUCUCUACAUUCCGCGCGUAAUUUUCUGAGAUGCAGGGCGUAGGUACGUGAAUUAUUGAUUUUUUUAUUGUCGGAUAUUUCUCCGAAAUUCGUCUGCUACGAACGUCAGGUCCACCCAUUCGAAGGAAAAUUGACACUACAGCAGGCGUAGAAACACAUGCCUCAACAAAUAGCUGAUGGAUGAAGCUGGAAGUAAGUUGGCUAUUAAACUAGAGCCAUUUAUUCAUCAGGUAGGAGGACAUUCAUCUAUGCUCUGCUUAGACGAGUAUACGGUUUGCAAGCCUUUAGUGAAAAGAGAGCUAGAGUUUUACGAAACGCUUCCAGACGCCAUUCGAAAAUUCACUCCAAAAUUUUACGGAACGCUACAAGUGAAACCUGUACCCGAAGAAGAUGGAUACAUAUCGCUCAUUGCCAUUCCUACGGACUCCUAUUCUCCGAAGCAAAAUCAACACAGCACAAAAAGAAAAAUCCGUAUUCGUCGAACAGGUAGUAUUGAAACAGAAGGCGAUAGCAAUGAAUUAUUUGAAGAAGACUCCGUAAGAAAUGAAAAUCAAAUAGAUAUCCCGAAAUCUGGAGUGCCUGUCAAUCCCUGGGUACUUCAGUGUUAUGAACGUCAGUUACAGAAGAUGAUUUCUACUAUUAAAGUUGGUGAACAGGAACCAAAUUUUAUUUUACUCGAAAAUUUGGCAUCUAGGUUUACCUAUCCUUGUAUUCUUGAUCUGAAAAUGGGCACACGCCAGUAUGGAGAUACUGCAAGUUUGCCAAAGAAACAAAGUAAAAUGUUCAAAGUUGUGAGCACAACAUCUGGAAAACUUGGUGUUCGUAUCGGAGGAAUGCAGGUGUAUCAGGUAACGACACAGCGCUUCGUGUGCCGUAAUAAGUUUUUCGGUCGUAGUCUGUCUGUCGGAGGUUUCCAGCAGGCAGUGAGGCAGUUUCUGCACAAUGGAUCACAUUUGCGAUCGGAUGUUCUUGGCCCCCUAAUAAGGCGGCUUGAGGAACUUGCUGCAGUGGUGACUCAACAGGAAGCAACCCGUUUCUAUACAACAUCCUUACUGCUGAUAUAUGAUGGUCUUGAGCACUCCUGUACAGAGGGGAAGAUGAAGUUUGAUUUUGAAAUAAGGUCAUUGCAAAAUUCUGCAGUGCGGCAGGAAGAAGAAAAAACUGCUUUUAUGCAGGGUAGCAGAAGAAGUUCUAGUGUUGAACUAUUGGAUCGCCCAUUGAAAGAGCUUACAACAGAUGAAGUUGGUAUAGUCCAUCGUAGGUGCAGUAGUGUGGGACUUUUUGAUGAUGCAGCACCUCAGUCGCCAUUGCCUUCACCGAGACCACCUGUCACAACUGUUGCGGAGCCUUCAAUAGAUGUUCGAAUAAUAGACUUUGCACAUUCUACUCAUAAAGGCAUGGACAACCCUGUUAUUUACUCUGGUCCUGAUCGGGGCUUUCUAUUUGGUCUUGAAAAUAUGAUUUCCAUUUUGAAAGGGAUUGAAAGGGAUCAUGGAUAGACAUUGAUUGUUUAUAGAGAAUUCAGACACUGUUCACAUGUGGUAUGAUUAAAAAAAAGGGGAAGUACUCCUUGACAACCAAAGGCCACAGUUGGAGUUUUUUUUAUAGAAACACAUUAAGUGCAUUUUAUCAUUGACAGUAAGUUGAUGUCUGUGAUUUUCUAGUCAGUUUAAUUUUAUACACUGUUUUGCAAUAACCCGUAGAACCAGUUCUGGUGAUGAAUUUUGUGCAUAGUAGUGAAUGUGGAAUUGUUUCAUGGGUGCAUGUCUCAAAAUAUUAUAUGAUCUUCCAUUUUUAAAAUUUGUUUACAGUUCUGUGUUAUGUAUUUGUAUUGUGGAUUGUACAGCUGACUAGCUUACCAAGUGUUAUUUUUAGAUGAUAUUUUAAUUUUACAACAAAUUACAUUCUGAAUAUAUUGUAAUUAUUUUAUAACACAAUCUAGCUAGCAAAAGUGAAAGUUCAGAAUCUCUUUGUUUAUUGCUUACAUGGAAGGACAAUUGUUGCUAGUUGAAUAAUUUGGAAAGAGUCAUAAUUUUAUUUUUAUGUGAUAUUGACUGUACUUUAUGAUUAAAAAAGGAGCAGAACUCUUUUAUCUGUUUCAUAGGCAAGUAAGUACACAAAAUGCCUGUAUCAGUAAUAUUUUGAUAUUGUGCUUCUAUGGGGUUACAUUCCUUACAAGAAAGUGUAUUGGGCUGGAUAUUGUGAAUGAGCUGCAUAAAGAAAUGCCAUGAAACAAUGAGAAAUGUCUGGUGUGAAAGACUGACCUCAGUUAAGAGUUGACCCUUGGAGAAAUGCAGCUUUCCAUAUUAUUAGUUACCCAGUUGUAUGUGAUAUUAACUGUAACAAAAAUAUAUUAUAAAAUUAAGAUAAUACAUUUCCAUGAUAUUCAUGUGCACAUCAGAAUAUUGAGUAACUGAAAGGUAACUAUAGAUUCCUAUUUUCAGGCAGCACUAUUUUCUUACAUCCUAUCACAUCCACCAUGGUUCACCUCUUGUUCUGUGCACAGUACUCACAAAAAUGCAACUGUCUAAUUAUAAUUAUUGUAAUCAUUGUUAGCCAAACGAUAUAUGAACUUUUUGCUUUUACUGUGGUACCUUUUCCCAGGUAUUUUCUAUAUAAUAAAGUGUAAUAUCACUUAAUUAUGAUCUCAUACCUCAUAGCUUAUAGUUCCGACUUCAGUAUGGCUAUGAUCUGACAUGGAAAUACUGAAAUAAGAUAUUGGUUUACAGCCUCAUGCUAUGGAAAUCAUGCAUACUAUAGGGUGACCUUAAGUAAAAGUAUGGAGGUGUGGCUUAUAUCGAGGUACUAGAUUUCUCUUAAUUGCUCAAUUUGAUCUAGGCCUAGUGUUUGGGGCCACUCAAAGAACAGUGUAAACUGUUUUCUUUGAACAGUUCUGUGCAUGACAUGGGAUUUGUAAUCGUGAAAUAUCACCAUUGAGGUUAAAUGCAACAAGUUUCAUAUGCACCGUGUCUGGCAACCAGUCAGCUGUUACUCUGUGGUUCACCAGAUGUACAAGUACUUGCCAUGUAAACAUGCACCUUAAAAUCAUUUGCACUGACAUUUAAUAUGGAUACCAUGCAUCAAUGUUACUGGCCUGUUUGUUAAAGUGUCUAUGUCAGUGUUCAUUGAUAAUACACUGAGACUGUUGAGUGAAUAAUACACUGAGACUGUUGAGUGACAGGUAUAAUCUGUUAAAACUCUGUGUGUUAUCUAUGCUUUGACAUUUGGAAUAUGUUGUGCAAAUAUCCAUUGUGUGCUGCAUCAUCAGUUGCUCAAUAGUGAGCAUUUGUUGGCAGACAUAUAACCCACUUAAACCAUCAGUCCACUGUUGUGCCAUUGGUUCAUUAUUCACACAUGCUGACAUCAGUCUCAAUACAUUUUUCCUCUUGACACCUCUCAAACACGUGACAACUGCACACAUUUUUGGGAUCAUGUAACUGCGUCUUUGCACCUCCAUAACCUGAACUUUGACAAACACUGAUGUAUCCUUUCUUUAAUCAUCAUGUUUGAAUGCUAGUUGAUUAGAAUUGCUGAUCUGAGCUAAAUGAUUUCUGAUGAUGCAUUGUGAACAACAUGUGACCAUACUGCAGGUUUAAUGAUAAUUCUUUUGGCCCUACAAAGACUGUGGGUAUGUUAGAUUACAUUCAUCUUUUGCACUAACGUGUUCUAAUCCAGGGUUUUGAGUGAGUUAUCGUCUUUGCCACUAUUCCAUAGUUUAUGCAAUAUUUGCUUAAUUUUCCUUGUUCUACUUUGGAAUGCCCCCCCCCCCCCCCCCCCUCUUUCGUCAACUAUAGUCCCCCCCAAAAAGGUAAAACCAUAAAGGUCAUGUCACCUUCAAGUCACUCUUAAUUUUAUAACAACUUGUAGUUUUGUAAAAUAAUUGUCAUAUAUCUUCUGCCAUGCACUUCAUAAUGGUUUGCGUAAUGUGGAUGUACAUGGUUUUUCAGUUACCCUUGUAGUAACGGUCUGUUGUAUCUUUCAGUUACAAGUUAUUUUUAAUAAUUUGUUCAUUGUCAUAACUACUGAUAGCAUGUACCAAUAAGUAAAAUUAAUGGAAAUAAGUUUUUAGCUGACUGUAAAAUGAAAUAAUAAUCUGUAUUUCAGUGUUCUUGGUUACAGUGAUGAUUAGAUGAACACAACAUUACAACAAACAAAAUUGUCUUUAGACUACUGUUGUUUCUAGCCUCUAAUGCAUUGGUCUGUAUGAAAAUGCUCUUUUAUCACUGUUAAGAGAUGCAAAUGGCUGCCAAAUUAAUAGAACAAGCGUGAAGCAGAAAAGAAAAUAAUAUGCUUCUAAUGCUACAAGUACAUGAAAAAGAUACACAGAAAACUUAAGAUUUCGUCCUUGAAUGCAACUUUUACUCUACAAUGAAGAGUGCAUUAUAACGAACCUUCCAGGUGACUUGGGACCUGAACUGCCACCCUCUUUGGGCAGUGUUCUACAGUUUGUAUACAUCUACUGAUGGAAUCAACAAAGCCUUUAAGUAGGUAUACUGCUCUUCAACAUUUCCACCUAUCACAAAAGUUCUCCUGCAAAGCUUGCUGGAUUAGCAUUCUUGUUAAGGAUACAACUAAGAAUGACCUACUGACAGCCUAAAUGUUUCUACACAAUGCUUUUUCCAUUGAAAUUUUUAACGAUACUAUAAAGUUACACAUUUUAUAUAUGAAUUGUUGAAAAUGGAGGAUGAAUUGUUGAAAAUGGAGGAUGUAUGUUAAGCAGUGUAGCUUCCCAUCAUUUGUAAAGAUCUUGUCCAGCAGUUACUCUUGACAACAAUCAAGCAUAAAUAGCCUGUUUACACUCUAUAUACCUAUUUAAUGGUAACUUGAUGUGUUCCUAAUCCGUUUGUAUAUUUACAGUAUAUAUGGUAUGCUGGAACUGAAUCCUAGAAGCCUAUUCUGAAAGACCAGAUCAUGAUAUUAAUGAGCAAAUAAUUGAAUUGCCACUAAAUCAGAAAUUGUAAACUAUAGUAUACUGAGAUGACCUGUCUUUUCAAAUUUGUUCUUUUGUGAGAAACCAUCUUUCCAAGAAAUGGCUGAACUUUGGGAAUUCUAGAACAAUUCACUAUAACUUAAUAAGUUGUUUGUGUUGUUCAAUUAUUUUUUUCCAUCUGAAAAUACUGUCAUGAACUCAUUUUAGUACACAAGAACUACAAUAAAAUACCCACGAAGAACAUUACCCACAUCUUUUAGUUUAGGGAACAUGUGAAAUUUUAGGCUCUGAACCUAUUUUUCCAGGAAGAAAGACAAAAUCUUGGAGUAACAUGUCAUGUAGUCUCUAAGAACAUAGAGGAAACAUGUUGAUGCAUUGUGAAUACACAUUAAUUGUGUGCAUUCAGUCAAUAUUUGCCUGCGUGUUUUUGUACCAAUACAUCAGUGUUUGUGCACAACAAAAAGAAAUUUACUAUAAGAGUUAAAGAAUGAAAACUGAAUUUCUGAUACGUGCAGAAGAGCAUGUGUGAGGUGUGUAAGAGUAGGAGACACACAUUAGUAAAUUCAUAUUGAAGUGGAUUUAUUGACCAUAUUUUGCUUCAAACUCUCAGGAAGGCUCAACAUUAGAUUGCAGAGCUAUGUUAAGUGAUAUGUAUGACAGAGAACUGAUGAAAAUUGUUUCUUUUCUUCCAUCUGAAUAUUUAAUUAACAAAUCAUUUCUAAAGAAAGUGUUUUUUUUUCUGCAAUUAGGUGUUUCGUUUAUUAAUGGAUGUUCAUAUAGCUGCUGCAGAAAAUGACCAGACCAACAAACUUGUUGAUCUAGCUUUUCUGACUGACUAAAAUCCUAAUAAAUGAGAAACAGCAGCAUUAUCAUUUCAAUCCAACUACAACUAAAGGAAGUAACAUUUCAUUGUGGAUUGAACUGACUUUUCUGCUGUUCACACAAUAAUCUCAUGUUCCAUUAUUCCUAAUUUGCUCACUGAUUGCCACAUAGUAAAAAUACUGAUAUUUUCAGUUGUUGGUUGGAUAUGCUUUGUAUCUUAAAAAUGUGAUAAGAUUUGGUUCAUAUUUGGCAUGUCAUUUGUGUAUAACUUAAAAUGAGAUUCUUUGCUAUUAUGGCCGAACACCCCUCCAGUUUUGAGAAAAACACCCAAAGUUCCUGAUGCAUGCAUGACUCACAAUUGACAGGAUCAAUAGAUAAUUGGAAAAAUGGGUAUUUUUCAUUAUCACGCAAGGAAUCUGGAAAUGCAUAUUUUCCUAGAAACUGUGGAAAGCAGCCAUUAAGACAGUUGAUUAUGUACCAAUUAGGGGAACACUAUAUAAUGAAAGCAUCACUGGUGUAUCAACCAAGGUAUGUGGCUGGGAAGCAGAGAACCUGUGUUUGAUUUUCAAAUGCCUUUUGCAAUUUUUUUAAUUGUAUUUUUCUUUAUGGAAAUAGGUAGGUGGGUAUGGGAGGGUUAAUAACGUACUCAACAAGGAAUAAUAAUGAAAUAGGCAAACAGAUUUCUCAAAUGACUUGGAUUAGUACGGAAUUAAAAUUUUAAGUCUGAUAGUAAUGAAGCAGUUAGGAGUAAUAAUGCUGCAAAUUUGUCAUGAGGUAUCACAGCCAGCUGACCACCAGAUGCUUUUUUAUGGUGAGGUGAUGCACAGAUCUUUAUUUUGAGGUUUCAAAAUUGCAAGGUGCCUCUGAAAACCCAGCAGAAAUUGUGCAACUGCACAGACAAUUCAUGAUUGACUUUCAGUGCCAAUUUUUCAGGUAAUGUUAUCAUAUGCAUUAUAUGCAUUAAAAUUAAUUCCUUUAAAAGAAAUAUUUUGAAAUGUAAAUUAAGACUGUUUUCCACCAAAUCUUUCGAACAAAUGAUAUAGUUGCAGGAAGACUGCAUUAAUUAGAUGUUCUUUGUGGCAAGAGUAUAUUUGCUUUGAAUGUAUGACAUGUACCAUCCACGUAGCUGUUCAAAUGAAAUUGAGGACAUAUAACAGACUGCGUGGAAGAGCCAUUGUACGACAACCAGAAUUAAAGUUUUAAUUCACUAGCAGUAAAAGUCAUUAGUGAAAUUUGCCUACCUUAUUAUUCCUUAUUAACUCUCCUGUUUCUAUCAAUUUUGAAGUGGCAAAAAUACAUACGAAGGAAAAAAUUGCAGAAUGCAUUUGAGAAUUGAACACAGGUUAUCUGCUUCCCAGCCAGGUACCUUGGUCAAUAUGCCAGUGGUGCUUCUGUUGAGCAGUGUUUACCUUAUGGAUUCAGAAGCAGCAAUUGUAACAAUUUCUUUCGUCAAUUUCUAGGAAAAGACACAUUUUGUAUUUUAGGGGUGGCUUUCUGGAAAAAUGGAGGGGUGCUGAGCCAAAGUAUCUCAGUCUUUCAUUAAUGGUUGUACAGCUGACCUGCCAAAUAUGAACCUAGUUGGUUUACCGUGUCUGAUGCCUUCCACUGUACAGCAGGAAAUUAUGAAAGUUGUAAAACAUAUUUGAUGUGUUCCAGGUGCAGCUCAUCAUCAGAAUAUUUCUUUUGUUGCAAAUGAUCUUAACAGGAUGUUACAAAAUUUUAAUAAAACAAAUAUGAAAGUUGGAGUUUAGUGACCUGUGCGAGCAGUGAUGUGUGUUCAAAAUUUACAUAAUGGUCACAGGCCUCCUGUGGGACUUCAGUAUUAAAACUUAAGAUAUCUGUUUUCUUUUGAUGGCUUAUUUUGCUUUGCUGGAUACUCAUUUUCUUUAAAUUCAAUUCUAUUUUAAAAUAUAUAUAUGUGGUGUUUGUUCUUUCAGACUUGUACAAGAGAACAGACACCACAUAUAUAAUUAAGUCAAGGCUGGUCAAUGAUCUACUUUAGUGCAGAUGCACACAAUGCUGAAACUAUUAGUGAAUCAGCCAAACACAAUGAGUAAUGAGGAUAAUGGGCAGGGACACUACAUCAGUAGUGUUUAGAUAAGUUGAAAAUUUAGAUUUAACAGGAGGCAUGCUGGGGUAGUCAGUGCAGUUUCAAUGACUGCUGUGUCUGGAUGGCUCAGUGGUCAGAGCAUUUGCCUAGUGAGCAGGAGACCAGAGUUUGAACCCCGAUCUUGCACAAAUUUUCAACUUCCCCAUUGAUGUAAAUCAAUGCCCACUAGCAGCUAAAUGUCAUUAAUUCCUUUGUGUCUCCAUUUUAAAAUGUCUGUGUACUGCAUGAUUUUCAGGACUUUUCUUGUCUUCACAAAAAUUUCCAACUUUUCAUUGUGACCAAUUCUGGUGAAAUCCUUAGAUCUGGAAUAAUAGGAUCUAAUUUAUUUAACAAUGAGAAAUUAGGUUUUUAAUCGAAGGUUUACUACACAACCUGUCACUAGGGCAGUAUACUGUUGAUCUAAUUUUGAUGAUAAAACUUUGUCACCCAAAAAAAUUCAAACACGUGAAAAGCUUUUAACCUUAGCAAGAAAGAUGAAGUGAAUGGGAAUUACUGUUUCUGUACUGUUGGCUCCCAGUUUUUACUGCGAAAUGACCAACCUGGUUACCUUGAAGAUGAGGAAAACAAAGGAUGGAAAAUAACCAACUGAGAGAAUAGGUGACAUAGACAUUCUAGCUACAUAGACAUUGUAGCUAUUUUUUUUUUUUUUUUUUUUUUUUUUUUUUUUUUUUUUUUUUUUUUUUGCACUGUAGUACUGAUGAACAUGACUUUUUGCUAUUCUUUUGUUGACAGGAAUGUGAUUCGGGAUUUUUACACACCUCAUACCUUUGUUCACUUUCCUAUGAAACUGCCAUUUGAGAGUGCCUGUUAAGUGUCCUGCCAUUACUCAAGAUAGCCACCUUCAUUCAAUUAUCUGUUCUAUCAUUCAUACACUUUCUGAAAUACCCUUUUUCCAAAUUUUGUUUUUAAUUGCUUCAUACAUCAUGCCACUGUGUUCACAUUUCAGUGUUUGUGUUUGUUUUUCUUUCUUGUAACCCGUCCUUUUCAGGUGGUGCAGAUAUGAGUCAUGAUAUUGCAGACCUGUGCUGUAUGAUGUGUAUAGCUCUUGCCCACUAGACAACCUUCACGUUUUUCACAAAGUACACAGAAUCUUAAUAUUUUGUCAUAUUGACAAACUGCAACUCGUACAUGACAUACAUGGAUUUUGUUUUAAUUCCGUGAUAUUCAGCUUGAAAUGUUUUGAAGUUUAUAUGUAUAAUAAACCUGUGGCUAGUUUUAACUGCUAGAACUUCCAGUCACAACUAGAUAAUUAACAAGAAAUGCAUGUAGACCAUUUAUGUGCUAGGUCUUGACAGUGGUAAAAUACAAAGGUUUUAUUUUGCACUUCAUGAACGAUAUGAAGAGUGUCUUGUGAUUAAAAGCCAUAUGCAUGAUAUAUUACAGUUUUGAUGCCAUAACUACAAACUAACAUCACAUACAUUUGUGCUGUUUGGACGUCUUGCUGAUCAUAUUUGUUUAUAAAUGUCCAUUUUGAGAGCAUGCUACUAUAUAAUUGACAAUGACUGGUUUAAUUUUAUUGGCCAUUAUCAGAUCAUAAGCACUUGUGUAGCUACAUGUAGCAAUAUUAUGAAAAAGAUAGUAGCUACUCACGAUAUAGUGGAGAUAUUGUCACACAAUAAGCUUUUGUCCAACAAGGCCUUUGUCAAAGAUAGAACACACACACACACACACACACACACACACACACACACACACACACACACACACACACACACAUAUAUAUAUAUACA